CGCGGAUUCCGUUCUAAAUGUAUGUCACGUCGGACAUUCAUUAAAAAAGUGAUUAAAACCGAAAAAACACACUAAAGAUUAUAUAUUAAUUAGAUUUAUGUGUUUAUGUACAGAAAUUAGUUUUCCUACAAGUGCCCUGAACUUUUGUGAUAAUGUGCUGUGUGAUGGUGCAAAAGUUGUGAAUAAUAUUAGUAUAAAAGUGGGUGAAGAUUGAAUAAAGUAUAAACAAAAGGAUUUAUGAAUAAUUAAUUUGGUUAUAAACAAAGAUCACACCGAUGUCGUCUUCCACUCAAACCAUUCCCUCGUCGGAUCGCCGAUCUACCGCCAAACUUCGCCUGCAAGAAGUCUUGAUAAGGCGUCGCUCGUAAUAGCGCGGCGAUCGGCGACGGCGCAAUUAAUUCGCGGAUAUCGUUAGAGCCUCCGCCCGGUGCAGACCGGUGGCCCCCCGGCCGAUGGGCGAGUGCCCCGCCGCAAGCUGGACGGGCAGGGCCCUCGCCGCCCCGCAGCGGCGGGGGCAAAGCACCCGUUGUCACAGGAGGCUGUGCAACUCCACAAUGGUAAUGGUAAAGAAAAGCUGGCGAGGAGGCCGCAUUCCUGGUAUGCGGCUGCGGGGGCGGUCGACGAUUCUCAGAUCUCCCUCGAACCAUACUACGAUCACCGAGGCGACUCCUCACCGUUUACGACUAACGCCUGCAGCAGCGACGUUUCCGCGCUGAUCAGUCCACCAGGAAGGCGCUCAGGAGCCUCUAUAGUAUCAGUGCACAACCCCCGCACUUCGGCCAAUUCAACCGCAUUACUAAACCACAACCACAAUCAGAACAAAACCACCGCUAAUGCUAAUAGUAACAAUAGUACACGUAGAAAAUUCGAAUUGAGGUUUGUCAGGACACUAAUUCAUCAUAGUAAGGAUGAUGGUAGUAAUGGGGCCGGGGUUGGUGCUGCUGCGGAGGCCAGGGAGGCUAAAAGCAGUUUGUUGGAAGGAGUUGGAGAAAAAAGGCCAGAGAUUGUUAAGAGUGGAAAUGUAGUGGCUAAUGGAGGUCUGAUGAAUGGAGGUGGUGAUGCGCACAAGAUGCUGCUGAAGUCGAGUACGAGUGCUAAUCUGAUGCACAAUCACAAGCCAGUUCUGAAAGCAAACAAAAGCACAGGCAGCUUCCUCCCUCACACCACGACGAACCACCAGCACCACUUCGGCUCCUCCCACCAUCACAGUUCCUUUCACCCGUGGCGCCCUUUGGCGUCGUCGGUCUCGGCCCACGACCUGGCGCAGCUGAACCGCCGACUGCUGCGAUCGGCCGUGCCUCUGCUCCGGAGUCACACGAGCAGCGGCGGCGGACACGGAGGGGCCGCUGCCGGAACCGGAGUUGUAAAUCUGAUGGUGAUCGGCGCCGGAGAGAGGGAACGUGUGGGGAGUGCGGGGGAUCUGGGUGCAGCCGCCGGAGUGGGAAACACGAUGGGGGACCACGGAAGGUGUUCGAGAUGUUCGAGCCUACUUUCCAUGGCCUCCGGGGGUUCCCGCUAUUCUUUGGUGCAAGGUGGAGGAGCCUUUGUAUCAGUUUCGAAGGAAACACCGACGACUCCUCCUGGUGCAGUUGUCCAGGAGGAAUCAGAAGACAAAGAAGAAAAGGAGCAACAACCGCCUAUUACAUGCAAAUUGUGCCUCACCGAAUCGUCUGAUGUCACCAGAUUGACAGGGUGCGGAUGCGUCUUCUGCACAGAGUGUAUGCGUUCUUAUGCAAGAUUCGAAGUAUUAGCCGGUGCCUACACAAUAACCUGCCCCGAUGCCGAAUGUCCAGCCAGAGGCGUCCAGCCUGGCACAGUUGUGCAGCCCACCAGCACUCUCACCCAGGACGAAAUUAAAACAUUGGCUGGCGAGAGGCUGCUGCAGAAACACAAUCAGUACAGACUGAACAGAGAAAUCGAUAUGGAUCGUACGAGAACCUGGUGCCCUCGUGCAGGUUGCGAGACUGUUUGCUCGGUGGCUGCUCCAGAUGGUACUACAGCUGCUGCAGGUGCUGCUUCAACAGCAGCAGGAUCUAGUUUGGGGGCUGCUGCUCCCAGAAGACCUCCUGUGUGUGCUGUGCAAUGUCCAACGUGCAGUGAUGAAUUCUGCUCCAGUUGUAAAAAACAAUGGCAUCCAGGACAAACUUGCGAGCAAUAUGCACUGACACUAGGAGCUGAAGAAGGAUUUCCGUUACUUCUGGCAGGUCCUGGUGGCUCCGAGUUGAUCAAAAGCUGUCCACUUUGUUCAGUGCCAAUCGAGAAAGAUGAAGGCUGUGCUCAAAUGAUGUGCAAGAGGUGUAAACAUGUCUUCUGCUGGUACUGUCUUACUUCACUCGAUGAUGAUUUUCUGUUACGCCACUACGACAAGGGGCCAUGCAAAAACAAAUUAGGACAUUCUAGAGCUUCCGUAAUCUGGCAUAGAACACAGGUAAUUGGAAUAUUUGCUGGCUUUGGCAUUCUACUCUUAGUCGCUUCACCUCUUUUAUUGCUAGCGGCACCUUGUAUAGUUUGUUGUAAGUGCAGAGUGUGCAACGGAGCUGCAAGAUUGGACCAGGAAGAAGGAGAAGAUCAGGAUGGACAUGAUGGAGAUGAUGAUGGUUGAAUUGAAAAUUUGAACUAAUGGUAAAUGAAAU